AUGGGGCUCGCAUUUCAGAUUUCUAUCCCCGUCACUCGUGCUACUCCAUGUGUCCGGCGUGCUGCCUUAGACAGAAAGCAUGAGCGUCGCCCCCGUGCCUCCGUCGCGCGGGCCUCAAACCUUACAUCCUCCAAGAAAACGCCCGCGCCGCUUCCGGAAGCCGUCGAUGCCGUUUUCAUCGGCUCCGGCAUGGGGGCCCUAACUGCUGCUGCCGACCUCGCCUCGAAAGGCGCAUCUGUUGCCGUGCUGGAGAGCUAUAUAAUCCCCGGAGGCUCCUCAGGAUGGUUUGAACGGAAGGGCUUUCGCUUCGAUGCCGGCGCCUCUAUGAUCUUCGGUUUCGGCGAGCGCGGGACAACUAACUUGCUCACGCGAGCUCUGGCAACGGUGGGGAAGCGUAUAGAAACGGUGCCUGAUGCCGUGCAAGUCAGGUAUCAUUUGCCUGAUGAGCUUGAUAUCAAGGUGCAUCGGGAAUAUGACGAGUUUUUGGCGGGGCUCAUUAAGAGGUUUCCGCAUGAAGAAAAGGGGAUUCGGAAGUUUUAUGGUGCCUGUUGGAGCGUGUUCAAUUCAUUGAAUUGCAUGCCGUUAAAGUCAUUGGAGGAGCCCAAUUACUUGCUCCAGGUAUUCGCGGCUCAUCCGAUUGCGUGUCUCAACUUGCUGAGAUUCAUUGGACGAAACGCCGGGGAUAUUGCUCGUGAUCACAUAAAAGAUGAGACGUUGCUCAACUUUAUCGACAUGGAAUGCUACUCAUGGAGCGUUGUACCGGCCGACCUGACUCCGAUGAUCAACGCCGGUAUGGUAUUUUCGGAUCGCCACUACGGCGGGAUCAACUACCCAGUGGGUGGUGUCGGGCGCAUUUCUGAGGAGAUUGUCGCUGGCAUCGAAGAGUGCGAUGGCUGUUCUGUACAUUUCCGGACAAGAGUGUCAAAAAUUCUCUUUGACAGCAUGGGGGCUGCUUGCGGGGUGAAACUCGUCAAUGGUCGUACUGUGUCUGCCAAAGUCGUGAUAAGCAAUGCGACGCGUUGGGACACGUUUGGGGAGAAAGGGCUCGUAGAGGCGGAACGCGUUCCACCAUCGGAGGAGCGUUUUCGCGAACGGUACGUCAAAAGCCCAAGUUUUUGUUCUUUGCAUAUGGCCGUCAGGGAGAAGGAUUUGCAGGUGGGCAUGUCAGAAGAGCAAGGCAUGGAUUGCCACCAUAUUAUGCUGGAUGACUGGGAUGAGAUAGAAACCGCCAGGGAUGGCAAGGGCACUCUUUUCGUUUCUAUACCUACAGUGCUGGAUAAGUCUUUGGCCCCACCUGGGAUGCAUAUUUUCCAUGUCUUCACCCCGAGCUGGGUGGAUGAAUGGGAGGGGCUGUCACCCAAGGAAUAUCGGGCAAAAAAGGAAGCCAUGCUGGAAACAGUUGUAGCUCGACUCGAGAAGAAAUUAUUUCCGGGACUGAAGAGUGCAAUAGAAUUCUCAGAGGUCGGGUCGGCGAGAACACAUCGGAGAUAUCUCGGCCGUGUGGACGGUUCUUAUGGACCGGUAGCCAAGAAGAAGCUUCGCGGUCUCUUGAGCAUGCCAUUCAAUCGGACGGACGUUGAUAAGCUGUACUGCGUAGGAGACUCGACGUUCCCAGGCCAAGGGCUCAACGCAACUGCUUUUUCGGGGUUUGCCUGUGCCCAUCGCGUCGCCGCUGAUCUGGGUAUUAUCGGAAGCUUGCCUGGACCAAUUGACAGAUUUCUCACUGAUUUGCUUUCUCGACAGCGGCUGAAACUAUAG